AAUUAUACAAAGUAUAUAUCAAAAUAUAUAUAUGGUUGGUAAUGUUGUACGAACAUGUUAUGUUAUAUGUGAAAAGGGUUUGUUGGCAGAUAAUUAUAUUUUUCUAUAAUUAUAAAAAGUGGAAUAUCUCAAUUUAAGCUGUUGUGUACCAGCGUAUACUUUAAAUCUUUUCAGACUACGUAUAACAUUAGCAAAAUAUUUUUGGCUAUUCGUGUGUGUAUAAAAUUAUAUAUUCUCAAAUAAAAACAUCUCACACCUCAUUAUUGCUAAAAGUUAAUGUUAUAAUUAUGGAGGAAUUGUACGCAUGCGUCAGGUUUACUGAUGAGUUGAAAAAAAAUCAGUUUGUAUCUAUCAAGGAGAUUAAAGUUGAUAAAAGUGAUACGCAUCACAUAAGACCUGCAACGGUUGAUGACUUUGAUCCUCAACGCCAGUAUGAUAUAUUGUGGUGCCUUUGUGAUACCAUUGAUUGCACAGACAUAAACAAUAAAAGCUGUGAAUACCACAAAGGAUACAUUGUAUGUCUUGCAGAGACUUUAGCCGAUGCUGAAGAAAAAGGCAAUUCAACUCGUUUUCGCCUUCCAAGAAAAAUUUUUUCACCCUCUGACCCAAAGCUACCUUCAAAUUCUCAAACGAUUCUGCAGAAAAACUGCAGUCAAUCUACUGUCUCUGGUUUGCAUAAUUUUAAUGAGAAGCUUGUAGUAAAACUAGAUAACUUGAAUCACGCUAAAGCUAUUGAGAAAGCAAAAUUGAGAGCUUCUAAAGAGCAAUUAGGCGCAUAUGCAAAGAAUCAAUUUACAGGUGGUCGGAAAAGUUUUCUGAGUUUCAGUCAAAAUGAUCAUGAUAAUGGAAAAAGGCGUAGCAAUGAAGAUGAACAUAAUGUUAAUGGUCCAUUAUUAAAUAAGAAAUCUCGAACAGCAAGAGAAAAGGAUCCUCUUUCUCUAGAUGAAGAUAGUGAACCAGAGAUUCCUGAUGACUAUGAAGACAGUUAUUCUGAAAAAGAGACUCGUUCAAGACCAACCACUCCAAUAGAUAAUUUAUCCGAUACUCAUGAGGGGACUAAUGAUCAGACAUUACAUGAUGGAAUUGAACGUGACAACUUAAGACCAGUGCGAGGCAUUCGUAAGCCACCAAAGCAAGCUAGACCAAGACAAUUACAACCUGCUGAAAUAAGUGCAGAUGAACGAGCGAUAAACUUAUAUAUCACACCUGAAGCUGUUGAUGUUGAUCCUCGAGAUAGACAAAAAUAUCAAACUUUUGAGAACAAUAUGAUCUAUUUAGGAGGAGGAAAAGCUGUGGACAAAGAAUUUUGGGAAUUUUUGAAACUACGAGGUGAUUUGCUUUUCUUGAGAGAAACAGCAGAACUUAUUUGUGGUAAACACGACUUAGUAAACAGAUGUAUCAAAGAAAAAAAAACCUCUGUUACUAUACAAGGUCGUAGUCCUCGGAAAGCAAUCCCACCAAGCAAAUAUUUUUUAAUACGAGAAUUGUUUCAAGAUUAUAUGAAAGAAAGAGAGUAUGACAAGUCAACCAGAGAUAGAUUGCUAUCUACUUUUAAUCGACAGUUAGGUUAUAAAAUCCAAGAUUUAAGAAAAGCUUUGUUCAAUUAAGUUAUGCUUCCAAAAAUCCGUUCUGUAUUUUGUAACCAAAAAAAGUUCUUGUCUCUUAUGCCCAAAGGAUCAAAAGUCAUUAGACUAACUAACUAAUUAAGAAUUACUUAGUUCUUUUGUUGAAAGUCACAAUAUAAUGUGAUUUUGAAAAAGUGAAGUGGCGAUUUGAGAUUAUCGCUAUUGGUUGAUCACACUUACUAAGAUUUUUAUAAUUAUUAGUGUUGAAUAUAAAUUAUCAAAAACAUGUGUUCCUCUCCCUAAAUCAAAGGGUAAAAGUCAUUAGAAUUAUUAAGUUAUUCUGUUUAUUGUCACUAUAUAAUAUCGUCGCUCCCUACGAAAAAAUUUGAGAAAAUUAAAAAAUUUGUCAUUUAUAAGGUUUUAAUAAAAAAUGUUAGAAUCAUUAAAUUAAAAUUUUUUUUUCGAUAAUUCUAAGGAUAUUAGAAUUUUAUUAGUUGCUACCGAAUUACUAUUUGUUUUUUUUUUCUUUAAUGAUGGAACUAUUCAUAUGGAAAAGAUCUGGGAUCUAUUACUUUUCGUGGCAAGAAUUGAAAUCCCUACUCUUCGUGGCAAAUCUGAAAUCUACUACUCUUCGUAGGGAGCGACGAUAUGAUGCUGAUAAAGUUCAAAGUAUUAUUUAAAAUUUUUAAUUUUGAAUCAUAAGAACUUUAAAGUUAAAACGCUACAAAUUCGUUGCAAGCAUACACUUUUUUUGCAAAGUAUUAAUUUUUCUAUCGUCAUUCUUCUUUACGACGUGGCAUGACUUCCAAAUAAUUAUUAAUAAAAAAUUUAUUAUAAACAGAUUAUUUAGAUGAUCAUUAAGAAAAAAAAUAUUUUUGUUGGAAAAUAAUGGAUAAAAUGUUAAGUUCUUAAUUAAAUAUUUAAGAAAA